AUGAAUAACCCAAUCCAGCAGAAUCGUAAUUCGUACGUAGAUUCUCGACCCGUCUCGGAUUACACCGAUCCAGCAACAACUCGUCGAGACAAAUGUCGCAAGAAAGAACAGAAUUAUCCAUGCGAGGCGCAUGUUCAACAAGGAUGCUCUCCGUACUCGGGCCACGGCGGCCUGCUGCCCCGGGUCGCCGGGUCGCCGGCGGGCCGGCGCCCAGACCCAUCGCUGCUCACGGCCGAAUUUUGCCUCAACGAGCCGCCGGUGCGGGGCUGGGAGCUGAACAAGUGGCUGAAGCGUCUCAAUAAGAAAAGUGUCCAGGUCAUUGCCGUUUUAGAUAGUUGCUACUCUGGUAGUUCCUGGAGAAAUGAUCAGCGGGUUCACUCACCAGCGGAUUGGGAGGACGGUCUGGAUGAAGGCGAGGCGGGCGAGGAGGCACCCGAAGAGGCAAAUGAUGAGACAUCCGCUGAGGAAUCAACUGAGCCAUCUACUGAGUCAUUCUUCGGAAACGCUGCCCUGGAAAAGUCUUGGUCCAUCAACCUAGACGGCUUCACCCUCAUAGCAGCCUGCAAAGCCGAAGGAGAUCAAAGUUAA